AUGAGCAGCAAUGCCUUGUCAAUUUUUCGUGACUGCAGUACUUCUGGAUUGUUGAGUUUGGUUUCUUAUAAUGUAGUUAUUUCUGGGUUGGUGGAAAAUGUGCAGGCAGAGGAAGGGUUUGAGAUAUUUAAGCUUAUGGGUCGACGAGGUCUUGCUCCAGAUUUUUUUACUUUUGCUGGACUACUAAGGGCAAGUGAACCUACGUAUGAUUUGUCAGUUGGAAUGCAAUUACAUUGUCAAAUAGUAAAGCUUGGGCUUGAUUAUACGAAUUUUACUGCUAACAAUUUGAUUGGCAUGUACCCAAAAUUUCAUCUUAUUGAAGAGCAGAGAUGGUGUUUAGGCUGA